AUGUCCAAAAUCGCCUCCGGUUACGAUCCAGCAGUUGGUCCGCGCACAACAGGAACGACUACGGUCAUUCGUCCGCGGUCAUCGAUAUACGACAGGAAUCUCCACCGUGCAAGACACGACAUCAGUGUGUCCAGCUUGAGCUUUCUGUUCAUGGAAAUGGUGUCGAUGAACCUGAACCAGGCAAAAAGCCUGAUCGAACUUGAGCGGAAACUUAACAAUCUUGGAUAUUCCAUUGGCACCAAAGUGCUGGAGCUGGCCUCGCUGCGUGAAAACUUCAACAACAACCUCACCUCUUCUGGGAAGUCGAACGUGUCGAAACGAGAAAUUAAGGUCCUGGAUAUACUGCAUUUCAUCACUUCUGUUAUAUGGCCCAGUCUUUUCGAAAAGCCGGCAGACAAUCUGGAAAAAUCGUCCGAGUCCAAUUGUCAGUACAUGAUCAUUGACAACGCCCCUGUCUUGAUGAAAUAUAUCUCUGUGCCAAAAGAGUAUGAAGGACUAAAUUGCGAGGCCUUUGUGGCAGGCAUAGUGGAGGGAAUACUAGACUCAACUUUCUUCAAGUGCGAGGUUAGUGCGCAUACAGUCCCAGUGGAGGGCCACCUGGGCAGAACAGUAUAUUUGAUCAAUUUCGACGAGGAACUGAUUGCGCGAUUACAAAGUACUAACAAAGUGUACAAUAGACGCUCCAAUGUGCUGAAACCAAAGUCUACGAAUAUCAUCACCCCCAGAACAAAAGCCUAUGAGGUACUGUCUAUGUCUCCUGAAACGUCCAAGGUGAUCGGCCAGUCAACUUUGGACGACCUUCCUGGAGCCAGAACUCCGCCAAUGGUGGUGUACAGCUCAAGCUCCGUAUUGAAUGAGAACAAUCUUUCUGUGACAUCCACUCCUUUCCGAACACCCAUUGUGGAGCUUCCCGAGAGUGUUGAUAGCGAGCAAAGCAAGGACAGUAAGUUUGCGGACUUCCUCAGUCGUUUCGAAUCGAAAAGCUCAAAGGCUACUAAAAAAGUAGGCUUUGAAGACCAAAAAGACCACACAAGAGAAACGAAAACAUUUAAAAAUGCCAAAAAGCAGAGCAAGCCUAACUCCGGAGGUCUUCUGGGUCUCAAUCAGUCCAAUCACCCAAUAACACGAUUUCUUACUAUUGACCGCGAGAAGCUCAGGAGAUGGACUCGCCGUGACUUUGAGCUCUUUGUGAGUUUCAGAAUAACAGCCUUAAAAACGAGUAUUAUAUGCUCUCGUGGCCCAGUCGGUUAA